AUGCUCCAUAGCCACAGAGGCCGUAAAGGGUCUGGAACUCAGCUUCAGCUCACCUUUAAGCACCACACCAAAGCCAGAAAUCUUCGCGACUCGUCUCAAAAGACGGGUUGCUACCUAUGCCAAGUCAUCCAGGAGAGGCUAGUGAGUCUCAAAGUAAACAUAAACGAUGAUGAUAACAAGACAAGAGAAUUUCUCACAGCCUCACUCAAACCCUCGCGUCGGCAACAGGGGUCUAGGUUGUAUCGUCUUGACUUCAGAGUGACAAAACAGAACUUACUGGUCGCUAGCUUCAUCUUGAAGCAAAAAGAUGACAACAACCCGGCCGAUAUUCCCGCUCUGCCGGUCAGCGACUGGACAUCUGAUCCGAAAGUGAUCCAGAUUGCCAAGGACUGGAUUACUGAGUGCGCAAACGGUCAGGAUCAUGGCCACGAUAAAUGUAAAUCACCAGACACACCAUGGCAUCCUAAUCGCCUGCUAGACUUGCAGCCAAUGCUCGAGUCCGGGAGAGCAACUGAAAAGGUGCAGUUGGUCUCACAAAAGAGGGGAGAAAGAAGGUCGGGCCAACGACCGGUCAAAGGUCCGUAUCUCACGCUAAGCCAUCGAUGGGGAAAGGCUCCCUUCUUCAAGCUCACUCGAGAGACUCGCAACGAGUUACUCGACGGCAUAGAUUUGAGUUCCCUUCCACGAACCUUUCAAGAUACAGUGAAAGUUGCUUGCGAACUUAAAAUAAGUUGGCUUUGGAUCGAUGCUCUGUGCAUCGUGCAGGGCGAGGAAGACCUGAAGGACUGGCUAGAGGAAUCGGCGACCAUGGAAAAAGUUUACGCGCAUUCUUACUGUAAUAUCUCAGCCACUGCUGCUUGGGACAGCUCAUGCGGGCUCUUUGCUAGAAGAGACAAGAGCUGGAAAUGGGUCGACAGUGUGACCCUCAACACUAAGGACCUUCGGGAUGGUCCGCAGGGGAGGAUAGACUGUAUAAUACUGGACCUGUCCUUCUGGGAAAAGUACGUCGACAACGCCCCUGUCAACAGACGCUCGUGGGUGUACCAAGAACGUCUCCUGGCGCCCCGGGUUCUUCAUUGGUGCGAAAAUCAAAUCGCGUUCGAGUGUCGGGAGGUGAGUCGAGCUGAAUGUCGGCCAGAGGGGCUGCCUCAUUUCCGAAUCAAGUCGGGUGUGCUCAUUGACGGGGUCCGCCUCAAGAGCGUCGACUUGGACGCAGGAAAGCGACUGCGAGUCAUCCGGGAGGCAUCCAUCAGCGGCAAAUCGACAGAUUCAACAAAACUCCUAAACAUGGUCAACGAGGCCGACCCGCACCUUCAUUUCUACGAACUAUGGAAGCACUGGGUAGAGGUGUACACCAAAAUGGAGCUCACCAACCCGCGAGACAGACUCAUAGCCCUGUCCGGGAUUGCCAGAAUGAUGGCUUCUAAGAUGGAAGAGAAAGGCUUUCAGGACAUAUACAUCGCAGGCAUGUGGCAGAAGCACCUUGCCAGCCAGCUGCUUUGGUUCGUCAAUGAAGGAACUGGCAAGAACAGGCAGCCAUAUGAGAAUACGCGACCAAAGGAAUAUCGCGCCCCGUCGUUCUCUUGGGCAUCGGUGGAAACACCCAGGGGGAUUACUUUUCCUGGGACCGAGGAUAAAGAGCUUCUGGUGCAGGUUGAAGUUGUGCGCCUCUCUUAUCGGAGCGAAGACGACAUGUUUGGCCUGCUCACUGAUGGCUAUUUGGUCUUGAAUGGGGUGCUCAGGAAGAUCGAAUUGACCGAUUCCAUGUCGCUGCCGAAACGCCCUCCGCCUUCGAAGGUGGAAACCUUCGCGCGUGCAAUCAGUUGGGACCGUCUUCUCAUCGCAUCUCUUGUUGCGUGCUUCAUUCCCUUUAUUUUUCUGCUUCAGCUCUGUGGACUCCAAUGCCUGGCAGAACACAGGACGCUUCUCAUCGCCUGGACGGGCUUUUCAGUAAGUCUCAGUAUCUUCUGCCUUGCUUUCACGAUUUUCUGCCGGCAGCUGGUUGGUGAUCCGCAAGAGUUGGCCAGCGAGGACCGGAAUCGUUACAGCUGGCGUUUGGUUCAAGACGGGCAUCCUGUUGGCAAUAACUAUCAGAUCGUCUACCUGGAUAGCCCUGCUAGUGAGCCGUCUAUUUUUGGGCCAGAUGCCCGGGUGUACUGUUUGCCUGUUUUGAAAGAAGAUAGGUAUCUGACCUGUCUGCUUGUGCGGGCGACUGAUGGAGAAUAUGGUAUGCGAUACGAGAGAGUUGGGUUGACCAAGGUAUCAUCGUUGACACCAGACCUUCUGCACAACCUCACGACUGCUCCAGGACAUAACAAAUCUACAUCAGGGAGAUAUUACUGGAGCCCGGAAAGUCGCAUGAAGGGUGAAAGUACGAUUUGCAUUGUGUAG